AUGGCCAAGCCCGUCCGGCUGCGGCUCCUCGACCCGACGACUGCGUGGACGGCUGGCGGCGCCGAGAUCACGGUGCAUGGCACGGGCUUCUUGCUCCAGCCGCAGACGAUGCUCGUGCGGCUGUUUCUUCCGCUCACCAACACCGAGGUCUGCGUCGACGUCCGGUCGGGCAACGAAGGCACCGCGAGCUUCACGAUGCCGAGCCUCACGAGCUACCUCAAGAGCCGCAUCUCGACCUGCACCGUGACACUCGAGAUCAAGGCUUCGGGCGUUUUGGCGGCUAACCCGCUCGAGAUGCUGCUGCAUCCCGAGCUAAUGAUCAAGAAGAUUUCGCCGACGCACCUACCGUUCUCUGCGACAUCGUAUGCAAACAUCAUGCUCUUUUUGGAGCAGCGCUAUAGCCACUGCUUUGUGCAAACCAAACCCAACGUUGACGGCAAAGUGCACGUCACGGCCGCGUCGCCCGUCUACGUGCGCAUUAGCUACGUCUCGGAGCACUCGAAAAUCCCGCUCUCGGUCGUCCGACCGGCCACGUGGAGUGCCGCCUCCCAGGUCAAUGGCGACAUGCUCAUCGAAUUCCAGCCGCCGAAGACCAGCAUCGGCGUUAUGACGGCCGAGGUGUCGCUCAACAAAGUCGAGUUCUUUGGCGCACUCUGCUACAACGUCUGGCGCGACUUUGACUUGACGUCGGUCAAGCCCCGCGCCGUGCUCAUUUCACCAUCGCACCCCGUCGACGUUGUUCUGCAAGGACACCAUUUCCUUGAGACGGGCGAAGUCGUCGUUCGACUGGCGCAGCCGCCGGACGACGGUGUUCCCCAAGGCAUGAUUUUGAACGCCGUCUGCAAGUCGGCCACGGAGAUCUCGGUCUCGCUACCACCCAAGACCCACUGCGGUGUGACGCGCUGGACCAUCUCCUGCAACCGCGGCGAGCACUUUUGCCUCGCGACGGUCGAGUGCUUGCUCUUCCGGGAGCGGGUGCCGCACACGCUGGUGCCCACGGGGGGCUCGCUCACCGGCGGCACCAAGCUCCGGAUAUUUCUCCCUAGCCUCGAGAACGACCGCCUGGACUCGUUCCAACUACUUCUCACGGAGCUCAAGCAAACCAAAGUGCUGCGCGUUCGGUUUGCGCCCAUCGAUGACAACGUACCGGCUAAAACGGUGUGGGCGACGCCAUCGUCCCAUGACGCCCUCUGCAUCAAGUGCACGGCGCCAGCAUUUGACGUCAAGCACGUGCCGAACGACGAGACGUUCCCCGUCCACGUCGCGCUUACUGUUGACGGCCAGAACUUUAGCGGCUGCCUCGUUUUCCACUAUUUUGUGCCCUACGUUGUCAAGGCCCUCUCGCUCCACCAUGGGCCCAAUACUGGCGGCACCCGCCUCUGUAUCACGAUGAACCGGCACGUGCCAGUGGUGCUACCCAUUCACGUCAAGUUCUCGAGUGUCCGCGCCAACAUCCGGGCGACGGUCGUCGGGAGCGUCGUGCCGCAGGACGACGACGCGACAGUGCUGCAGUGCUUCACGCCUCCGUGGCCGGUCGACAAGGAGCUCCAGCUCACCAAGGUACAAGUGUCCCUCAACGACGGAGUCGACUACAUUCCGAGAGACGCCGACACGUCGGUCGCGACGCAAUUUCAGACCACGUUGGACGUCGACGAGACGUACUUGCUAUAUCUCUUUUACCCGCCGCCGACCAUCAACUAUAUUUGGCCUACGUCGACGUCCGUCACGGGCGGUGGGCUCCUCCGACUCAAAGGCGAGAGCAUCAUCGACCAUGGCGGCACAGUCUCGGUCGUGUUUCGCACUGGCGAUGGCCAUCGGCGCGUGCGGGCGUUCGUCGAAACCGACGCGUCCCGCCACUCGGACGCGGGCGGGCGGCAGAAAACUCUCUUUUGCAUUGCGCCGCCGUCCGUGGCGGGCCUCGUCGACGUCUACGUCUCGCUCAACGGCCAGCAAUACUCGAAAUGCUGCUUUCGCAACAUCCCGAAUCGAAGUCAGUUUCUCUACUACAAUAUGCCGUCGAUCACGUGUGUGACGCCCAUCUCGUCACCGUCGCAGGUGGCGUCGACCGUCACUAUCAUUGGCGAGUCGUUCAUCGACACGGGCACGAUUCAAGUUCGGUUUUCGUACAUGAAGCAAACGUCCAUUCUCGGUUUGCAGGAUCCCCACACCGUGCGGCAGUAUGCGGUCGGCCGCCUCACUGCGCAAGGCCACAUUGAGUGCGCGUCGCCCAUUUUGAAGACAAUCGCACCCAACUUGACGAGCACCGUCGAGAUUUCGCUCAACAGCUGCGAUUUUACCGGACCAAAGCACCCGUUCUCCUUCUUCCGGCGUCACACGUUGAAGCUUGUCGAGCCGAUUGGGAUGGCGUUGGACCUCGCAACGCUGCUUAAGCUGCACUUGGGCCCCAAGAUUGUCACGGACGGCGUCAAAGUCCGGCUCAAGGUGAGCUACGUAGCCUGUCCAAGCGGCGCCGUCGAGAAACGCAUGCUUGGUCCCAUCGCAGCGACAAGCUGGACGACCGAGUAUGUCGAGUUUCUCUGUCCCGCCCUCUCGGCCCUUGUCCAGUCGCCCGAUCAAUUGCGGCUAGUCGACGUUGAAGUCGCGCUCAACAACCAGCACUUUUUAGAUGUUGGCAAUUUGCUCAAAUUCACCGUCCCGUACAGCGUCCCCAAGGUCGAUCGGAUAUGGCCUGUCGCAACGCCUUUCGAGAGUCCAACCGAGUUGCAUCUUUUUGGCUCGGGCUUUGCGAGCGAGUACCCGACCCGGCUGAGGCUCAGCAUUCCGGGCAUGACCCCCGGGUCGACGGUCAUGCGGGUGCUUGACACGAUCUUCGUCUCGCCCGAGCAGGUCUCGGUGCUCUGCCCGCCCGUCACGGCGUUCACGCCCGACCACCACGUUCAGCUCAAUUGGUUAUCGUGCAAGGUACUGCCAACGUCGCAGGACGCCAUAGCCGAAUUGCCCGAGUCCCCCAAGUCGCGCGCGCGCUUUUCGCACCGCAAUGAACCGCGCGAGCUGCGUCGACGACCCGACAACCAAUCAAAACGGCGCGUGGCCAUCGGGGGCAUGAAGGUGCUGCCCAUUGCGAUCGAGAUGGCGACGCGCUUUGACCAGUUCUCUCCGGUGGUGCACCCCGUGGCCUUUUACACGACACCCAGCAUCACGCACGUGGCCCCCCGCGGGGGGUUCACGACGGGGGGCGCCGUCGUGGAGUUGCACGUCGACGCUGCUCAGCUGCAGUACUUGCACGUGGUCGCCAUCAUGCCAAUGAAGUUUGGCGACAUCAAGGUCACGGGCCAUCGCGUUGAAAAUACUGUCUCGGUCGUUGCGCCGCCACUCCCGGCCGGCCAGCACCUCUUGACGAUCGCGUUCAACCAGCAAUGCUACGAGAUGGUACGCGUCGGUAUGUUCCCCGUGUACUUUGAGGCGUUCGAGCCCCCAGUGGUGCAUUGCCCGGCGGCCGACAACUGCAUCAUGAGCUUUGGCCCCGUUGACGGGGGAACGCCAGUGAGCGUCGUUGGACAAGGGUUUAUCGAGUCGGCGUGCCCGUUGGUCAAAUUCGUCUUCUACGACACACCCUUUGCGACACCGCGCGGCCCAAAAAACGAUGAAUACAUUGUCGAAGCGACCAUUGUCGACAACGGAUUGAUCAAGUGCAUUGCGCCUCCGGUCGCCCACGCCGGCAUUGCCAACGUUCAAAUCUCGUGCAACGGGCAGCAAUUCUCCGAAGACUCGCAGCUCCACUUUGAGUACCACGCAGCCACCAAGCUCAUGCUCGAGCCGGGCAGCGCCAAGUGCGGGGCGCUCAACGGGGGCACGCCCAUCAUCUUCCACGUCCUCCAAGGGCUUCCCGAUGACAAGUCGAGCUUGGACUGUAUGGUGCAGCUCGUCGACAUCAACGGCCACGUCGUCACGGUGCCUGCUACAUUUGUCGACGACAAUGCCCUCUUGCGCCCUCGGAUUCAACUGUUCUCGCCGCCGUGGCCGUACCCGACUAAAGUGCAACUCCGACUCUCGCUCAACUACCAAGUCUUCUUCUUGGAUACUGAGCUCUCGUUCUUGUACUUCGAUGCGCCGGACGUCAUCCAGGCCAUCUCGCCCGUGGCCGGUCCGACGUACGGCAAGACGCGGGUCCUUGUGGCCUGCGAUUCGCUGCUGGAGACUGGCGAUAUCGUCUUCAAGCUACUGCUCAAGCCGGGGACGUGCGCGAAUGAGAACGAGACGCUCGAGCUCGUCGUGCCCGGGCGCGUGAGCAAGGAAGACGAAGCUCUCGAGUUUGAGACGCCGCCCGUUGCGUUUAGCUGUCACGUGUACCUGCAAAUGUCUCUGAAUGGCGUCGACUUUUGCACCGUGAACCGAGACGUGGCCUUUGCGUUCUAUGCGCCACCGACGCUCACGUCGUUUUACCCGACGUGGGCGCCUGUUGACAGCGAGGCGGCGCUGCGCUUGUAUGGCCAGCAUUUCCGCGACUAUGGCGCGCCCAUCGAAGUGCAGCUUACACCGUGGCGCGGCGCCACGAGCUACGUUGUACAGGGACGCAUCGCCAGUGACGAGAGUGGAGUCACUUGCGUUGUGUGCAGCACUCCGACCGAGGUUGAGCCCGGCUUUUUCAAACUCGAGCUGAGCUUGAACGGACAACAAUUUACCGCCUCUGAAUACCCGGACCCACGAGUCGUCAGCGCGCUGGCCGUGCAAAAGGUCAAACCGCUCUACCCGUUCCGAUUCUUUACGCAGCCGUACUUUCUCACGACGUCGUACGGCUCGGCGGGCGGCGGGUCCCGCGUCGUCUUUUGCGGCGGUCCGCGAUUGGCCAAAGCGCUUGCCAAAUGCGACGCCAAGUGCUACGUUCAGUUUACGCCCAUCAAGCUAUGGAGCCUCACGGCCACCGCGCCGCCGUCCGCCAAGCUUCCGGAUCCCAUGACGGUACCGGCUGAGGUUGAUACGGUCAACACGGCCGUGACGUGCCGAGCCCCCAUGUGUCGCCAAGCGUGCAUUGCCAGCGUUGAGCUCCUCUUCAAUGACCAACGCGCGCUGGAUGCCGCUGCGCUGGGCUCGGCCAAAGAAAAGUACAACUUUUUCGACGCUCCCGCCAUCACCGAAGUCGUGCCGUCCUGCGGGCCCAUGGCGGGCGACACGGUCCUCCUCCUUCUCGGAACCCAUAUCUUUGAGUCCCAUCAGAUCCACGUCCGGUUUCAGUCGGCCGCCAACCGCCACGAAUUCUGCAUUGUCCGCGGUCACGUGACAACCACGCUGAGCAACGGCACGCAAGCCAAGAACUACAUGAUCCAGUGCGUCUCGCCGACCAUCGAAGUGUACGACCCGAGCCAAACGGCACCGACGCCGACGGCCCCCGUGAAAGCACAGCGCUACGUUACCAUGCUGGCGCAAGCGGGCCCUCGAGCGGAGCGGCGUCGAACGCGAGAGAUUGGAUCCCGCCGCCGGUCGGUGGCACCGACCCAAGCCAACAAUCGACUGCUCGUGAACCGAGCUAGCCUGAGCAACGCCGAGCUGGGGUGCCCGUACCUGGACGUGAUGGUCGACUUUAGUCUCAACGGCGGCGAGCAGUACCUGCCUCGGGGCGUGUCCUACCGCUUUUAUACGCCGUUGGACUUGCGGAACCUCGUGUACGGCCCGCACCACGUCCCCGCCUCGAUGCUCGACGAGCUCGUGGGACUGGACGCCGCGCCCCGCUCCCGGCGCCUCGUCAUCCGCGGAUUUGAAGCCGCGACGCUGGUUGAGAGCAAGUGCAUUGGCCUCCGCUUCGAGAGCAGCGCAACCCACGACACAUACAUGCAGCCUUGCGUUGCCCACACGGACAAGGGCGAGGUGAGUUGCGUGAUUCCAGAAUUCGCAACGCCAGGGGUAUACCGCUUGCUAUUCUCCCUCAACUCGCAGCAAUUCACCUACCUCGGGGACAUCAGUGUCCACCCAGCGAUGAAGAUACUGACCCACGCGCCGGUGCAGAGUCCUUUCAACGGUGGCAACAUUGUGCACCUCGAGACCGAGAUUCCCACCAGCAUCGGCGACCUUACGCUCGCGCCGCCAGGCCAGCGACGCAUUGUGCGUCAAAGCUUAGUGGCGUUCCAGUCACCCGGGAAACGGCGCCGGCGAGAAGGCUCGAGCUGGCGCGAAAAAGUGUCCCACCGCGUGAUGAUCUCGGUCGUGGCGCGACCGGGCACGCGCGACGUUGCUCAUAGUGUCAAGGCGCCCGUGGUGACAGUGCGCUCCCGUGUCGCGCAGUGGGUCUUGCAUGAGGUAUCGGUGGACAUGACCGUUGGUAUGGUCGACAUUGAUGCCACGUCGUGGCCAUCCGACGGUGUGGUGUUGACGGUGCAUCUCAAGGCGAGCUACAACACGUACCGCGUCGUUGUCACGGACGCGUCUGUGCCGACAACAGCCAUUUUGGCCAAACUCCCGUCUGUGUGCGACACGCUUUACGUCGUGACGCCGCCCGACGCCAUUACGGACCACACGGACGCCAACAAGGUACACGUGGUGCGACACGACGCCCUAGACGCCGCCCCCGUGGCGCUGCCGCUCGUGACUACUGGCUGCGACAACGUCACUCAUUGGCGCGUUGAAGAAGGCUUCUUCUGGCUCGUUGCGAAUGCUCCCGAAGUGCUUGUACUGGCUCCGAACCAAACACUUCUUCACUGCCAUCAACCACAAGCUCCGACCGACGCGCCGGACGCGCUCUGGGUUGUUGGCGCCCUCAUCUGUCGACCGUCGGAGCCACUCUUGAUCAUCUACGUGAACCGACGCGUCGUGUCGCUUGUUGCCACCCUGCCGGAGCUUGCGACCCAGCCGCUGCACCCCCUGCACGAUCUGUACCAUGAAGCGGACGCGGUGCUCAACCUGCCGUCGACCUGGGCGCUGUAUAGCAGCUCGGAGCACGAGUCCAUGCUGCCGCUGCAGCUCAGCGUCUGCUUCAAGCUGACGGGAACCAAUGCUGCUGUUACCACGCCGGUGCUGGCUGUGGAGCUACUGCAAAACAGCCCUUCCUCGCCAGACAUGGCCAAAUACAGAGUGACGUGUGCUCAGCCGCCACUGCCUUCCAAAGGCAAGGUUCUCCUCUGGUUGGGUGCCCACGGUAUCUGCUUCUCACCUCCGACACCUAUGCUCGUCUACGACCCGAGCACGUGGUCCAUCACCGCGCUGGAGCCGCCGUGUGGGCUCCUCGGGUCCUGCACGCCCGUCAAACUACGCGGCUCUGGCUUUCUUGAGACGGGCGCGAUCACGGUGCGGUUCAGCACACCAACCCACGCAGUCCACGUGCCCGGUGAGGUGUGGAAGCGGUACUUUUGCAGCGUCACCAUCGUGGGACUCACGGUCGCCGGUCGACUUGCGGGUGCUGACACAAACGGCUGGUACUACCUCGCCGUCAAAUGCAACGACGGGCUCCCGCGCCAAACGCCGGCCAAACGCAUGCUCUACCAGGUGCGGAAGGAGGUCGGCACGCUUCUGUGGUGCGACAAGAUGCAAUUUGAGCUCGUCUCAAAUGCACAAACACCCCGGCUGGAACUCGUACUGCGCAUGACGGCCGAGGACGCGCGUGGCUCCUCCCGCCUACCGCGCGAUGUGGCGACGCUAGUGGUACCCCCGAUGGUACUCAAGCCCGGCGUGAGCCAGUCGGCGUCUGUGAUUCUUCACAGUGUCGACGGGUCCUCGGCCGUCAAGCGCAGCGUGGAUCUGAGCUUGGUGCUCGAGCCGCCCGUCCUCGAGAGCGGUAUGAUUGUCACCCAGGCCCCCAACAUCGAGACCAUGUCGGUGCUGGAUGUACAAGUGUCGUCGGGGCAGUGUCCCUAUACGUCGAUGGGUGCGCCGUCGUUCCAAGUCUACGAGCUACCGCGCAUCGACAGUCUCUGUCCGCGGUACCUUCCGUACUCGACUGGCGGCGAUAUUGUCGUGCAGGGUCGCGGCUUCUUCAACUCGGGCAUGCUGCUGCUUCGGGUAUACUUCUUGCCGCCAAGCUACGACUACCAGCACGACCAAGGUGCUGCGCUGCAAGCCAAGCUCGAAACCAUCGACCGGCCGUCCCUCGAGUCCCAGAUCCUGCCCUGUACAUUGAAAUCGUCGUCGGAAAUACUCUGCACGGUCCCACCGCGCCUCAAGAGCCGCAACAUUCUCUUCUGCGUCUCGUUCGACCACCAUACGUUCACCGAGGCCGUGCCGCAAGCGAUCUUGUAUAUGUUUGAUGUGAACGCGGUGCAGCCGUCCGUGGGCCCGACACAAGGACGCACGUACUUGGCUCUUGCAGGCGCCAACUUGAAUCUCUGCCGGCUCGCGGAGAAGGAGCCGGUCGUGCGCUUCUCGUGGUUUCGAGGCGAGAAGCUAUUGGAGCGCGCUAUCUAUUCAGCUCAGCUCACAAGCGGCAAGAUCUACUGCUACACGCCGCCUUGCAAAAUCAGUUUGGAGCAGCUCCGACUCGAGAUCGAGGUCGCCGUCGGUGGUGUCGACGCCACCUUCUCGAGUGAUGCGGUGACGUUCACCUAUUAUCGCGCGCCGUUGGUCAAGAGCAUGACGCCCAAGCUCAACCUCGUGCCGGGCUGCACCGAUGUGUACAUUCAAAUCGUCGAAAAUUGGGAAAAUAGCCCGUUUUUAAACAGCAGCUUGACCACGUGCCGCUUCCGCAUCAAAGGUCAAGCGCAGACAGCGGUCACGUCACACAAUGCUACCGGCGUCAUUCAGUGCCGCCUUCCGCGUUUCACGGUGCCGAUCGCGGUGCCGCAAUUACUGCAAGAUGCGUCGUUCGACCCGCGCCACGAGCACAAGGUCUGGGUGCGCAACAGCGGCCUCUUUGUUACGCUGCUGCGCGCACGCAAUCUGCGUCUGCCCAACACGACGGCAACGACGACGACGAGUCCGCUCCUUCGGCCUUUUGUUAUUUUUGAGUUUGAGGAUCAGAAACUGCGGUCGACACUGCGCGAAUUCACGUCCAACCCAACGUUCUACGAGCAAUUUGACUUUGAGCUUCAGACGACGGACGGCCACAGCCACGGCGACCUCGUGCUAACCGUCCAGAACGAAGUCGAGUCGGGGCGGCUCGAAACGCUGGGCACGCUGCGCCUUCCGUUUGCGAGUCUCAACAAAGCCAUUAAGCUCCGAGCGUGGUUUCCGUUGCAGGUGGCGGCGCCGCCACCCCGCCCGAUGACGCCCAUUUUAGCUCAAAACUCGAUUCGGGAAUAUUUGCGAGAGCCGGCAAAGGAGCUGCCCUCCCGCGGCGAGGUCGAGCUCUUUAUUCACUUUCAGCCAAUGUUGCUCAAACGCCCGUCGCUGCGGUCCAAGGCGACGUCGCGUCUCACGUCGGCGCUCAAGAAGACGAUGCACCUUGAAACUGCGUUUCGGUCGCGCAAAAUCUCUGCGGGAAAGGUAGCCGCGGAUGCCAAGACACUCAAACCCGAAGCGGACGAAGGAAAGAAAGCGGCGCUGCAGCGGCUUCUCGGGCGCGCGCCGUCGGCCCACGUGACGCCCACCGAGAUGAUUGUCGAGCUGGCCCUCAAUGGGCAGGACUUUUUGUCUACUUGUGCGACUCCGUAUACGAUUCAGCCGCUGCCCAUCAUUGAAGACAUUUUGCCCAAGUGCUUGCCUUCCUGCGGCGGCUCGAGGCUCACACUUCACGGCUUCAACUUUGUCGACACCAAGUGCAUUCAACUCGCUUUUCUCUGGGGCAUCGAGCACUACGCCGAGUUGCACCAGUCGUUUCGCCACGAAGCCGAUGUCGCCGUCUCAGUCCCAGUGACGGUUGUUAGUGCGACGUUCGAGUCGGCCAACGUUCUUUCUUGUGUGACGCCGCCCACCAAGAAGGGCGGGAAGGCGUCGUUCACCGUCAUCGUCGCGCUCAACGGCGUCGACUUCAACAGCGUUUUCCUGGCGCCGCCGCUGCAUUCGGUCGAGCCAGAGAACGACCUCUCGCACCAAAGCGUCAUGGCACUCUGGUCCGAGCUCCUCGAUACGACUAGUGUCAUCGAAGCGAGUCUACCCCACCACCAGUGGCUCAUCUACGAAACGCCGACCGUGCACCGGAUCGAGUCGGCGUCACCGGUGUACACGACCAAGCUGCUUGUCCACGGCGAGCAUUUCGUACCGACCGACAAUGGCCGAGCCAAAUUCAUCCAUGAGCCCGCGCAGGACGGCGAGGUCAAGCACCCGGAUGCAAUCGUCAACCUCCGCGUGCUCUCGACCACGCUUCUCGAAUGCCUCACCCCCGAUUUCCCCCCCGGGUCCAUCGUGCGCGUGUGCAUAGCCAUGAACGGGCUGGACUUUAUCCCGAUGGCGGACGUUCGGCUCUGCGUGUGCAACGCACCCAAGAUGGGAACGCUCGUACCGUCGUGGGCCUACUCGAUGGGCGACCACCCGCUCUACAUCCACGGCAACAACUUUUCAGAGACCCACCACAUUCGCGUGUCGUUCACGCUUGAGAACCCGUCGCUGUGCGUCACCGUCUCGGCCGAAUGCAGCGCCGACGGUGUCAUCAAGUGCCUCGUGCCGCCGCUGCACCACCUUGUGCCAAACGAAGACGUCUCGCUCGUUGGCGCCACAGCUCUCGUCGACGUCAGUCUCGGCCGAAACGGCGUCCUCGACUAUACGAACCAGCCUCUACUCCUCAACCUCUUCCGAGAUCAGCCGCUGCUGGACGACGUCUCGCCGACCGACGGACCGAUGUGGGGCGGAGUGCACAUGAAGCUCCGCGGCCGUUUCCUCGUCGACACUCCGAGCCUUCGGGCUCGGUUUACGCGGCUGCAAUUUGACGAAGCAUCGAGCAAUUGGACAGUGAGCUUUGAAGACACGUUCACGACCAUGGUGCAGGCCACGUACGUCAACGAGUCGGAGUUGCUCGUGGUGACACCAUCUCUCCGAGACGAAGGACCUGUGGCCGUGCAACUCACCUUGAACGGCAUCGACUUUAGCCCUGUCCACGAUCAGACGUGGUUUGUCUUUUGGCGCAACUGGAAAACGCGCGUGCAGAUCAUCCGGCAGAGUAUGCACCACGACGGCGGCGCACGCGUCGCGUGGCAGCGCUACUUUGAGUGGAAACGCCGGCCAAAGCUCAACGUGUACAGCGCCAACAAUGCCGUCUCGAGCCUCAAGAUCAAAGCGGCGCACAGUCCCCGCCCCCCUGUCUGCUCCAGACGGCUGGAGAACCUACCAGAUAUCAUUCGCAAAGUCGAGAGUCUCCAGGCGUCUAGAGACGGCGGCGACGACAUGUAUAUUCCCCCCAACAUUGUCUGGCCCCACCCCGACGUGGACGCCUUUCACAAACCCCGGCGCCUCUUGGAGAUGCUCAAGGGGCUCUACCGAAGCCAUGCGACGCAAGCCGACAUCUACAGCCGACUCAUCUUCGUGUUUGACAACACGGCGCACCUCAACGCUAAAUACACGGAUUCGGUGGUGACGGCGCCGAUGACGCCGAUCGCGGGCACGGGCCUCUUCCCGCCCAUUCGGCGGCGCGCCCGCGCGGGUCUUGACGUCGCCCAUUUGCGCUCAGCGCUGUGCUUCAACGGGCUUUGCGAAGGCCUCCUCUGGAUCUUUCCAAAUGUGCAUGAGUCAGAGCUCGUCGAGUUGUGGGUGUAUCUCGAUCCAGAAAAGGUCGGCAAAGUCACUCUGGACGCCAUGUGCAGUCGCUUGCAAACCGAUCCGCGGCCUCCGAGCCCCGAGCCGGGACCGAUGCAUUACGAUCCGCACCCGAUUCCCUCGAACGUCCCCGUGCCCGAGAUGCGCGAAACCGCGCCCGAGACAUCGGCCAUCACUCCCCAGCCCUUUUUGGACGUGGGGCCGAUCCUCGAUCGCCUCUUGCCGACGUCGCCGCGGCCGUCUUUUGCGACAACCGAAGUUGUCGUUUGGUGCGACCCCAAGUACGCAGGACCAGGGUCGGAGAUCGCCAAGCCCGAUAUCGACUUGGUGGCGCAAGCUCAGCACCUCUCGCAGUGUCCUCGGGCGCUAGAAGUCAAGUUUGCACCGCUCACUGAAGAGGAGGCGGAGCGGGAGCUCGAGCGACAAAAACCAAAGCCCCCUGCGGCGAGCUUUGGCAUAUCCACACUCAGAAUCAAGCGGUCGUCGCCGCUGCACGCCAAGCUCGAGCGCAGCACGCGGGCGCUGUCGCUCCGGUACAGUGCGAGCCGGCGCCAACUCGAUGCGCUGACGGGAAUUCUGCCGGAUGUACGCGCGUCGUCUCGGCACUUGCUGCCCAAUGCCCGCCGGCAAACCCGGCUGGCGUCGCUCGGGCGCACCAACGAAAAGAAACACCUCAAGGAAGUCCGCCCCGUGUACCUCGGGAUUCUCUCGGCCAAAGCGCCCCCCGAUACAACGAGUUAG